AUGACAGGCGUGAAAACAAAAUCAUAUGAUCAGGCAAAAGAUGUUAGUCAAACUGUAACACCCCCGGGCCUUUUAGAAAACAUAGUUGGCAUUGCAGCUAGUAAGAACGAAGCCAAUCAUAGUAUUUUUCUGUCUGAGACUGCUAUAAUUAUAUAUGCAGUUUCGGUAGUUUUAUUACUUGUUGUCAUUGCUAUUCUCGUAGUUGUAACACGAAGAAACAAGAACAAAAAAGCAGCCCAUACUGUAGAGAAAAGUAGCCCAGCAUCUCCCUCUGGGGAUGAUCUAGUGACUUUUAGGAUAACAAAACCAUUUGAACUAGAUCUUUCAUCACCUAUAGAACAAACUAAUGUAGCUGAACAAGAGAAGCCCGAGUCUAUUAAAAACACAUCUACCAACGGAGGAUCUGCUACAGCAUUUAGCUUUAAUAUGCAGGAAGAAAUAGAACGGCCUUGUGAAUUAUAUAAUGUAAGCAAUCUGCGAAUUGUGAAUAAUAGUAAUCAAAGCCAGGUUCCAGAAUAUGCAAUUGCAAACUCUGCAUCUAUGCUUGGGUUUGAUGGUGAGGAUGCCAUACUAAACAAAAAGUUUGAAACUACUAGUACUUCUACGUUAGAGCAGCCAAUGCUUGGAUUUGAUGGUGAGGAUGCCAGAUUAAUCAAAAAGUUUGGUCCUACUAAUGCUUCUACUGUAGAGAAUCCAAUACCAGAAAUUUCUAAAGUUAAUUCUGGGCUGUCAGUGCCAUCUGGUACACGCGUGGGUACAGAUUCUAAUGAACUAAAGUACUCCGAGGAAUACAUAACCCUAAAUGCAUCGCCAACCAACGUAGAGUUAUAUUCUGACCUGACUUUGGAGGUUUCUUCUUAA